CGGCUGUUUCCUGCACCUACGCCACCUUGUUUAUCGUUCUCUUUCAGACGAACUUAAUCUAUUAAAACUUGUCUUAAACCAUUCAGCUGUACCGAGGUUUAUGUAGGAUCAUGAGUUUCUUGUACCUGAAAGGUGUUGUGUUUUUCACCUUCAUACCUGUAGUGCUGAAUCUCAAACUUAUGGAUAAUGGGCUCUCUCUGAACUGUACACAAGAGAAAGUACAAUGUAAAGCAGAGUUUAAUAAUUGCAUGUAUAAAGGAUGGCUCAUUCCUUCAGAUUUCACUCCCAGCGGCCCUGAUGAUUUAAAAGUUUAUGUUGAUGUGAGAAGAAAUAUGAAAGAUGAUUGGGAGCCAGUGAUUGUGGCUAAAUGGAAAGCAAAGGAUGACGGAAGCAUAAACCAUUUGAGAGGAACAGAGCUUAGUGUGAUGAAAUCAUCCACCAAUGAACGUCUGUGUGUUCAUUUCAAUUUCCUGCAGGAAUUUAAGACCAUGAGAAAUGAUGCUGGUGAAAAGUGGUCCUUUUCUCUGGAUAAAGUUGUGGUAGAUCCAGGCAGUAAAUAUAUAGUGACUGUCUCCAACCUUCCCAAGCCAAAUUUACAACACACUAGUUACAAUGUUAACCGAACAGUUGAUGUUCCAGGUUGUGAGGAUCCUUUGAUGCGAACGACCAAAAUCUGUUUUGAGAAAGGGGAUACAUGGCAACCCAAUAUUACUGUGGGGAGGACUACAGGUCUAAAUGGCAAGGAUAUUCUGUAUGUUGCGUUUAAUCCUGGAGAGAAUGCAGACAAAUACAACGUUUUUGUGAAGUGCAGUAAGGACCGCGUAACAAAGACUCUUUAUAAUGAGAGCAAGACUUUACUAAAUGUGACAUAUGGCCUGGAGAACUGGCCACGUACAUGCUGCAAUUUCGAUGUUCAGAUCCAGCCAUAUUUUCGGAAGUGUGCCAACGACUGUCGUCGAAUAAACCAUAGUUGCAACAUAUGUGUCCCUGUACCAACAAGCCCUCCUGAGAACAACUCAGGAUUUUGGAUUAUUUGUGUCGGAUUAUGCCUCCUAAUUUGUGGCAUUGGUGUUUUUGCCACUUAUUUGCGCUGCAGGAAACCACCGAAAGGUGCAGAACAGCCACUGGAAGAAACACCUCUAGAACCGCCCGUUCUACCCGGCCCACGAUCCAUAUUGAUCAUCUACUCCAGAGAUCACCCUCUUUACACAGACAUAGUGCUGAAGCUUUGCGCCUUCCUGCGGGCUAAAUGCGGCACUGAGGUUGUGUUGGACCUACUUGACGUGACUUGGCUUGGCACCAUUGGCCGGCUGCAGUGGAUUGAGCAAAAAAAGCGACACAUCGAGCAGACGUCAAACAAGAUCUUGGUCCUCUGCUCCCGAGGAGUGCAAGCCAAGUGGGGGGCGAUCUGCGGAGAGCCUCGAGUCCUCCUCCGGGAGGAUGUGCUCUCUCCGAUCGGUGAUAUGCUGACUCUCGCCCUUCAGCUGAUUACACCUGAUAUGCAGCGUCCGGCUUCCUACGGGACGUAUUUGGUGGCUUACUUUGAAGAUGUAUGCAGUGAAGGCGAUGUGCCGUCUUUGUUUGACAUUGCGGUCAAAUACAAGCUGAUGAAGCAUUUCGAGGAGCUUUACUUCCGUAUCCUGGAUGUGGAGAAGUAUCAGCAAGGGACGGUGCACUGUAUCGAGGGUAUUGGAAAGGAAGAGUACUUCAAAUGCCCCUCGGGCGAAGCGUUGAGGAAUGCGAUCGAAGCCUUCCAGGUGCACCAAAUGAAGAAUCCCGACUGGUUUGAGAAAGAGUGCGUGACUAGCGAGGAGGACGUGAGAGGAGAAACCGAUGCACUUUUUGAGGAGCCCAUUCCGCCAAUAUAUGAAUUAGUGCCGGUGUAUAACAACGGACUCCCAAUCUUUGUAAAAGAGGUGGACAUCCAUCAAGACACACAGAGUGUUUGCACCGUAAUUCCCCAAAUUCAUGAGAAUCCUGAAGAGUCGUCCAUAAUGAUUGUUAAUCCUAGAGUCCAGCCAGAUAACAGCGAAGUACUUUCCUAUUAUCCGGCAAUAGAACGUCCUCUUGAAAUACCCAGUGGGACACCAGUGGACCCACAAAUCCACCCAUAUCUCCUUGCCGAACCAGUGGAAACCUCACAUCCUCCUAUAGGGUUUCCAAUGGGAGAACCGUCAGAUAAUUAUCUGAAGGACAGCAGAAUGCGCUUUUUAGUAGCACCUCCACCCUCGAUGGAGGACAGCUUCCAUUUAUAUGGAGAGAUGUCCCAGCCAAUGGAGAUGGAGGAAAGUGAAAUGGAGGGAGCUUCUGAGACGAGACCAUCACGAGGGUCCGAUCAGGGAUACGGUUCCAGGUAUUCCACAGUGAGAGAAGACCCCAAGGUUCAGGAAGACCUUUCCUCUCUAGCCAAGUUACAAAUGGAACUUUUCCUGAACAGCCCCAUCUCUUCAAAUUUCUGCAACAAAACAAUGGAGAUCUGAAUUUCUUCAUUGUCUUUUGGCUGUUUUCUGAUUUGUUGU